CCCCCGAUUUUUCUGAACCCUAGCCGUCACCCCAUAGAAACCAAGCUGCCCGCCUCCCCUUCGUCACUCUCUCGCUCAUACACACUCUUCCUUGACACACACACGCUGAAGUUACAAAGUUUAGAGCUAAAAUUCAAAAAUUGCAAAGCUGAUUUUGAGUUUCAAUCCUUGUCUUCUCUCACAUUUUCUGGGGAUUUCGGAGCUUAUUGGAGCUGUAGAGCUUGUUUCGGAGCUGAGAGUUUGUUUUAAACUCAAAUCUCUGUUCGAUUCCGCUGAUUUUACUAUUUCGGGAACUGCUGAGCUUCGGUCGAGUUUGCCUCUGCCUUUAGUCCGUUUAUUCGAGGUUUCUUUGUUCCACCAGGUUAUUGUCAUGUACUAUUUCUGUAGCUGAUGCUCUUUGGUGUUGGAACGGCAAGUUCAUUUUGUUUCAAAGGAGUGUAUAUUAACUCUACUAUUAUAGUUGGUAAUAUUUUCAGUAGAAGAAGUUUUAGUACAAUGAAAGAAGUUGUAACUGAUAAUGCCUCGAGUUUGCUUACAUCAGAAUAUGUGGGAGAGGCUCCAGUUCUACGUCCUGUGUCUGUCAGAGCAAAAUGUUCUUCAAAUGUUCAAUCAACCCCAGAAAUCGAAAAGAAGUAUGUCCAUGGUGUUUAUGAUGCCAUUGCUCCCCAUUUCAGUUCCACUCGGUUUGCAAAGUGGCCUAAAGUGUCAGCUUUCUUGAACUCAUUAUCUCCCGGUUCACUCAUCUUAGAUGCUGGAUGUGGAAAUGGAAAAUACUUAGGGUUAAAUCCUGAUUGUUUCUUUAUUGGCUGUGACAUUAGUGCUGCUCUUAUUAAUAUAUGUGCAGAUAGAGGACAUGAAGUUUUGGUUGCAGACGCUGUGAACCUACCAUAUAGGACUGGUUAUGGUGAUGCAGCGAUUUCUAUUGCUGUGUUGCAUCACUUAAGUACUGAAGAUAGGAGGAGGAAAGCGGUGGAGGAGCUCGUCCGUGUUGUUAAAAAGGGUGGGUGUAUUUUAAUUACUGUCUGGGCCCGGGAACAAGAAGAUACGUCGUUAGUUGAAAAAUGGACACCACUUAACCAAAGGUAUAUAGCAGAGUGGAUAGGACCAGGAAGUCCUCGAGUUCGCAACCCUUCAUCUCCUCGCACCCUUGAAAGCAUCCCAGAAGCAGAGGAAAAUGGUGCUGGGGAGCAGUUGAAAGACCUACAUGCAAAGUCUUCAAAAGUAAAAUCAGAUGAAGUUAUGGACUCAACCUCUCAGGAUAAAGGCCGUUCUUUGCUUACUGGAUCUGGAAAAGGUUAUGCAGAGCAACAGGAAUUCUUUGUUCCUUGGCACUUACCUUAUCAUCGAGCUGAAGUAAGUGGGGCUUCAGCUGUUGCCUUAGCUAGUGGUUUGGCAAAGAAAGAUGAUAAGAAGGGCUCUGUGGUGUAUAAUAGAUAUUACCAUGUUUUUAGUGAAGGUGAACUUGAAAGGUUGGUGUCUGGUCUGGAUAAUGCCAUUCUCGUUGAUAGAUUCUAUGACAAAUCAAAUUGGUGCAUCAUUCUUGAGAAAACAUCAUGAUAGUUUUGAACUUUUCAAAUGAUUCUUGCACUUCCAUUUGGCGAAGUCAAAUCUAUUACCUGAAGACAAUAACCCUAGUUGUGAAAGGGUGAUAUUGUCUUGAUGCAAGGAUUGUAUUCUACAGAUUAUGGAGGUUAUCAACAGAAACAUAUGUCUAGUUUUUCAUUCUCCGUUGCUCGCUCGGUUGUUGCCUGUAUCUCUUGUAUCUCUCAUCCUGGAUUCCUGGUGUUAUCACGUGCCUGAUGUGGUUAUGCAUGACAGUAUCUUGUAAAAUACAAUUCUUUUUUAAAGAUUUUGGGUGACAAGCCUGAGACCAAGGGGUUUGAUAUCCCAAUAGUUACUUCAGUUUUAGGAGAUAGCAUUCUCUUGAAUAAAUUUAUGGCUGUGUUUUUAAGGGAACUGAAUGCAUUUCACAACACUUAUAUUACAGUAAUCAUAAAAUGUUCUCCAAGUAAGCAAUUUAGCACUUUAGACUUUUUGUCCAACUAUUAAAGUUUCUACAUGUAUUUAUCUUUGACAUUUUUCAGUCCAGUUGAGUACCAGGCAAUUUUGCAUUCUGCUUUUAUCUAUCUUCCCAUAAGCAAAUGAGAAGUCGUAGAGUGUUAUUUUGGUUUUAGGCUUUUUUCAAAUACAUAACAUUAUUAGUCACCUCUUCAAUAGUAAGCAAAGAAAGAUGCACCCAAAAGAGUGGUUUAGUAAUCAAUGAAGUAACUAUACUAUUUGGAAACCGAGCUACAAAUUCUAGCAGCGACAAAAAAAUGAUGAUUUCUUCCCAUAUGCCUUAUUCGUGAUGGAUAGAAUUAUCUGUAUUUGUGCUGGUUAAAGGUAACAUGUAUUCAGUGGAAUAGAGUCGAGGUGAGCUGACCCGGCACAAUCUGUUAGUCAUGCAUUGCAGUAGCGAGUAUCCACUUUUUAUUCCACGCCAAAACUUUUGCUCGUAUGGUGGGGAAGCUUCAUGGUACAACAGAAGUUGCAGUAAUUCUGGAAGUUCAAGUGACUUUGGAGUUACCUCAAUGGAAUCUGAUAGAAAACCUCGGUUGGAUUCUUCUAGUAGUAGUAGUUUCAACUGUGCUUCUGCUUCCCUGCACUCGAUAGAAUCACACAAGGAUCUGCAGAAAGGCAUAGCACUUCUCAAGAAAAGGGUUGCCUGCAUUAUUGCAUACUGUUACAACACAUUAUGUUUAGAAGUUCCUGCCGAAGCCUCUACUUUCGAAACAUUUGCAAGAUUGUUGGCUACACUUUCUUCUUCAAAGGAAGUUCGAUCUGUGUUUUCUUUGAACAUGUCUGGUUCAAGGGCAUCCAAGCAAGUCCAACAACUGAACAAAUCUGUUUGGAGCGUAGAUUCAGCCGGGUCAUCUAGCACUUUGAUGGAGAGUGGACAUGUGCCAGUAUUGAGAAAUACAUUUGACAAUGCUCUUCCAAGUUCUAUUGCUAGUUUGCCGCAUUCACAUAACGUGCAAGUUAAAACCCUGAUAGAGUUUCUUUCAUUUUUCUCAAAUGUAGUGGUAAAUAUGUUCUAUUUCAGUGAUUGAUUCUGACUACAAAUUUGUGAAUUGUCUUCUUUCUUGUGUGAUUUGCUAAUACAUAUAUACCAAACUAGCAAAACCUAAUCCAGGCUUCAUUUCUGAGUUUACAAUCUUGCAACUCAAUUUUCUGGUCCUAAUGGAGGGAUACUUCUGAGCUACAUCAAUCUCCUGGAUGAAAAAGCUUGUAAAGUUGUCAAAACUAAGUUUAACAUUCACAAAUUGUAAAUAGCGUCAACGUGGUUUUAGCUUUGUUUAUGGAAACCACAGUAUCUUUAUUUUACUCUUACCAUAUUCUCAUACAGCUUUAGAAAGAGUGACGGUUUUGCAUCCAAGCAAACACCCAUGAUUAGAAGAUGAAUAUGCACAGGUGAUAUCCUUUUCUAUUUAGCUCUCACCAACCUGCCCCGCCUGGGGGGCGCAAAAUCUGUUUGUCAUCAGGUAUUAUAGACCCGAUUCUCUAAGGAGCUCUUCUAUGGCUGGUAGCUGGAGAUUUCCGAGACAAGCUAAAACCUCACAACUGAACUGCUAUUCCCAAAGCAAGUUUUAUAGGUAACCGCUCUGCACUUUCUAAGGCAUUGUUGGUAGCAAAAGUAAAGGCCCAUGAUAUAGUCAUGGGUGGGAGGGGAAGAUGAAUUUAAUUACUAGUCUUAACCAUGUUAAAUCAAAUAAGACAGUACCUAAAGCAGGGGUAAAAAAUGUAGCUUUCUUGUCCAAGAUGUUUGUGAUAUAUAUUUGAACAUUUUUAAUGUUACCCAUUAGUUGAAAAAUAUAUAUGGAAGGAUUUCGUCAA